AUGGACGUCGGGGCGCAGGGUGCGGUGCGGCGAGCAGCCGGCGAUGAAUUAGAGGAAGCCGUGGCCCAGCUUCAGAGGAACUGGGAACCGACCCCGGUAACCUUUGUGCCUGGCGGACGGCUUUCGGAGAAGGUCGCCCUGACCUUGACGGAGAUCCCUUCCUCGGUGCUCCGCAUCUUCCAGAACUGGCAAUCGGACGAGGAGGAUCGGCACACGGCGCUGAUGUCGUGGCUCGACCAACUGCACGAUGCGCUCCUGAGCGCAGUGCGGGCGGCAGGUCAUCGAACGCUGGCAAUGCCCACGCUCUGCACGGGAGGUAUCGGAAUCCCUGUGCAAUUUGUGGGCGUGGCUGUGGCUCGGAGCGUUUACCGUGACUUUCUCGCGCAUCCAGCAGACCCUCUUCGAGUUCGAAUCUGCUGCUUCGAGCCCGGCCACCUUCAUAUGGUGCGAGCAAUCAAAGAUGAGAUUGUCGACAACUUCUACCGCCCCGAGACUGCAGAGGAUCUCGUCACGCUUCUCCAGCGGUCCAACCGUGAUGGCAGGCCACCAAGCCCCAACGAGGACCCGACCUCGGAGGACGACCAGAUGAUGGCUCUGUGA